AUGUUCGCUGCGGCGACCAAGAACUUUGUGAAGCAGGUGGGAGACACAGGUCGGUUGAUCCCCGUACCGAGUCUGAGUGAGGCUGACCGCUACCAACCGCUCAGCCUGGUCACCAGGAAGAGGAAGAGACACUUCUGGAAGAAAACCAAGUAUGCCUCAACCCCCUUCUCCCUGAAAGACAUCCUGGUGGGGGAGAAGGAGAUCACAGCAGGGGUGUCGUCGUACCAGCUCCUGAACUAUGAGGACAAAUCUGACGUGGCCCUGAACGGCAGAUUAGGGAACCACCUGAUGAACGACGUGGGGUUCAACAUCAGUGGUUCAGACUCUGUGGCCGUCAAAGCCUCCUUUGGGAUCGUCACCAAACACGAGGUGGAGGUCCCAACUCUACUCAGGGAACUCAACUCCAGGAAAGUGGAUCUUGAUCACUGUCUGAUUCGUCAGUCCAAAGAAAGUGGGCGGAGCGUUCUCUGCGUUGUCAUGGAGAGCAUCCGUACGACUCGUCAGUGUUCUCUCACUGUCCACGCUGGCAUGAGACGGACGACUAUGAGGUUUCAGAUUGAUGAUGGUCGAAACCCCAAAGGUCGAGACAAGGCCAUAGUGAUCCCAGCUCACACCACCAUCGCAUUCAGCAUCUUUGAACUGUUUGUUCGAUUGGAUGGACGACUUGAUAUCUGCGUAAGCCCUGAGUCGUCAGGCGGAUUUGAGAAGGAGCUGAUCAGAGAGCAGCUGGGUGGUUUCAUUGGUCGAUUCUCUAUGGGACGGCUACGCAGGUUCCUGUCUGGGAUUGUGUACGGGAACCCCUUCAGAGCAGACGACAGGACGUUUGAGGAGCUCACGCACACCCACUCAGACACCUAUAUGGACGACGUAGUGACAGACUACUACGAAAAAGCAGCCAGCAUGACGGACGUCUCCACCGCCUAUCUGAGAGGGGACUCCCACUCCCGUGUCAACCUCCUCAACCACAACAUCCCCAAGGGCCCCUGUGCCCUGUGUGGCCGGGGCCAGACACCGAGGGAGACGGUCUACGGCUGUCUGGAGUGCUCCUCCGGUGGGCACAAGUACGUCAGGCUACACGUGGUGCCCUGCUUCGACCUGUGGCACAAGACGCUCAGCUGAAGAGAUGGACUCAGGAAG